CUCUCUCCAUUUAAUACAGGUGGUUAACGUAAACAACCCUCAUCAAAUACUAAAAACAAGCAUUACAAUAAGGAGAUGCCCCACCCCAAUCAGAAAAAAACGGAAGUAGGAUGUCUCGCUUUCUUUACAGUCUCUGCCCCUAUCACGCCAUUGGCUCUUGAGGCGGAAAAUCGACCAAUCGGAAUGUUACAGAGAAUCCUUCAAUCCGAGACCCUGCUCUCUGAGAAGGUGGGUCAGCUUAUGGACUGGACAGGGAAGAGAGCUGUGAUCCGUAUGAACGGGGAGAAGUUUCGUCGCUUUGUGAAGGCUCCUCCCAGGAACUACUCUGUGGUCAUCAUGUUCACCGCCCUGCAGCCACAGAGACAGUGUGGCGUCUGCAAACAGGCUGACGAGGAGUACCAGAUCCUAGCUAAUUCCUGGCGUUACUCCAGUGCCUUCACCAACAAAGUCUUCUUCGCUACCGUCGACUUUGAUGAAGGAUCUGACGUCUUUCAGAUGUUGAAUAUGAACUCGGCUCCCUCCUUCAUCCAUUUCCCUGCUAAAGGGAAGCCUAAGAAGUCUGACUCCUAUGAGCUGCAGGUCAGAGGCUUUGCUGCAGAGCAACUGGCCCGCUGGGUCGGGGACCGCACUGACGUACAGAUCCGUGUGAUCCGUCCUCCUAACUAUGCGGGGCCGUUGAUGCUGGGAUUCCUGCUGGCAGUCAUAGGAGGACUGGCUUACCUCCGCAGAAACAACCUGGAAUUCCUCUACAACAAGAACGUCUGGGCCUUCUCUGCUCUGUGUUUCUGCCUGAUCAUGACUUCAGGUCAGAUGUGGAACCACAUUAGAGGACCUCCCUACGCCCACAAGAACCCCACCACUGGACAAGUGAGUUACAUCCACGGCAGCAGUCAGGCCCAGUUUGUAGCAGAAACUCACAUCGUGCUGCUCUUCAACUCUGCUGUUACCAUGGGGAUGGUGCUGUUGCACGAGGCUGCCACGUCAGAUAUGGACAUUGGCAAGAGGAAAAUCAUGUGUGUAGCAGGGAUCGGUCUGGUGAUGCUCUUCUUCAGUUGGCUGCUGUCCAUCUUUAGAGCUAAAUACCAUGGAUACCCUUACAGUUUCCUGUUGAGUUAGAGAGCUGGGAGGAAGAAGCCUGGAAACUCCAUAGUGCCUCGGACGCCUCACACACCAGAACACUGUUCAUCUGGGGUUAUCUCCUCUUCUGUUGCUGGAAACUACCAGGAAGACAUUGUUUACAUUGACAUUCACAAAGUUCACAAUGUCUUUUUAUUAAUAAAUACUGUACAUGACUAUAAACAUAA